AAAUCUGAUCCAACCAAAACAAAGUGAUGGCGGUUUUGUGGUUUUGGGUUGAAGACUCAUUUAAGAUAGUAGAUUAGUAGCAAAAUUUUAUCUCAAUAUGUGAACAUCUUAUCUCACCUUUCAGCUCAGUUACACAUUUUCACGCAUCGUAUAUUGUAGCUGUAUCAAGAAUUUCUACAUCUAGUAUUGAAGUUUAAAUUUUGACAAUCCCGUUCUAAAUUAUAGAUAGAUUGGUCAAUGGCUGCAAAAUAUUUCAUUCGCAAUAUCACUGCCGGCCUAUCUCGGGCGACAGUCAGCUCUCAAAAUGCCAUCAAGCGAUUUCCUCUGAUUACAAAUUUUUUAUUGACCAACAGACAAGUGUUCACUGCAUGCCCUGUGGGAAUUGAAGAUAAACAUAACCGCCUUGUUGUUCAUUGGAAAGAAAGCUUGACUGAUGAGUAUCCUCUUGUUUGGCUGAGAGAUAACUGCCAAUGUUCUUCCUGCUUUAAUCAGUCAUCUCAAUCCAGAACAAUUAAUUUUUCACAGUUCCAACUAAACCAAACAUUGAGGCAUUUGGCCAUUUCUGAUAAUAAUGUGGAGAUACACUGGGAGGAUGGUCAUAAAAGUGCAUAUGACUUUAAAUGGCUGAGACAACGGAGUUUCCACCAAAAAGAACAGCAAAAUUGGCUAAAAACUAAUAAAGAACUGUAUAAAACAUGGGAUGCAGAUUGUUUUAAGAGAAUCCCAGUUUUUGAUUUCAAAGGUGUCAUGCAGGAAGACAAUAUUCUACUAGACUGGCUGGAGACUCUAGGUGUUUGGGGUGUUUGCCUUAUUAAGAAUGCCCCUCAUGGUUUAGGACAAGUGGGAUCACUUGCAAAACGCGUUGCAUUCGUCAGGAAGACCCACUAUGGUGAGGAAUUCAGUGUCCAAGCCAAAGCUGAUGCCACUAAUGUUGCCUAUACCCAAGGACAUUUACAACUGCACACUGAUUUACCGUAUUAUGAAUACAAACCAGGGAUAAAUCUGUUGCAUUGCCAUAUACAAUACAACGGCAACGGUGGAAACAGUCUUCUGACAGAUGGAUUCAAAAUAGCUGAAAAACUUCGAGAAAAUGAUCCGGAAACGUACAAAUAUUUGGUGGAAACUAAAGUGACAUGGUCAGAUAUAGGUCAGGAAAAUGGCAAUCAUUUUCACAAAAUUCACCAUGCCCCAGUGAUAUGUGAAUCAGAUGACGGAACCAUCAGACGCAUAAACUAUAGUCAACCCCAACGAGAUUCACACAUGGUUGUCCCUAUAGAUCAGGUUGAAAAAUGGUACCGUGCUCUUAAAAAUUUUUAUGACUUGGCUACCGAUGCACGUUACCUCAUCGAGUUCAAACUGAAACCAGGAGAGAUGGUAACCUUUGAUAAUCUAAGAAUAUUACAUGGCCGGACUGCCUUUGGCGAAAACCUCAAAGGUGAGCGCCAUGUUCAAGGGGCUUACCUCGAUUGGGAUGAGGCUCGUUCAAGAAUCCGUGUGUUGAAAACAAAACUUUUAGGCAACUAAGAAUAACAAUUCUUUACCCACAAACAAAACAGAACUUUUUGUAAUUGGACCGAAGGUCGUACUAGAAAUGUAGACCAUUGGCAUCCUCAUGAGGAAGGUUUGAAAAAAAAAAAACGCUCUUUAAUUAAAGAAGGGAAAACCAAGCACGCAAGGGUAAUAUAAAUAUUUCCAGUUUCAAUCGAAGCAUCAAUAGGGAAAAGGAAUUUUUCAUGAAAAGCACUAACAAAAAAGAGACGAGACUCGACAAUCGAUGCGCAUAAACCACAGAAGAUGAAAAGAGAACAAUCGUGUCUGCAGUAACAGGCAUUUUAAACGACAUGAAAAUGUCCCAAACCCAAACUUUCUUUUACAAAUUUUAAUGUAAUAUCAAACGUCAAUGUGAGAAUAAAAAAAAAAUAAAUAACAAAACUUCUGGA